AUGUAUCCUAAGCCUGGUAGUGUUUUCGAAAACGGCGGGAUUGCAAGUCUUGCGAUCCUUCUCUUUGCCACGACGGUGGACUGCAUCACUCCGCUAUCAUCUGGCCUCGCUAGCACUGGAAAAUGCAAGCCGGUGACUUGGGAAGAUUCCACAACCCCCGGCCGGCCCGCGGCCACGAUCUCACGACCACGCGCAUGCACAACUCACACAACCAUUCAUGGGAUCAGAGGUGCCGAUACAAAGCCUGGAGAGAUCAACUGUCGCUAUGCUAGCGACACCAAUGAGAACGUGGGUCCGGAGACCUGCCAAGAGCUCGCAACUCGUUACGGGAUUACACUAGACAAGUUCUUCCUCCUCAACCCUUCUCUGGACCGAGACUGCGGGAACAUACUUCCUUGCGCCUCAUACUGCACUCGUGGAUUUGUUGAACCGAAAAGGGCGUGGGAUGGCAUCUGUGGUCCGUCGCGCCCAGGCGUGACCUGUGUCGGGACUAAUGGGCAAUGCUGCAACUCUGAGACUUGGCGAUGUGGUCAGAGAGACAUAGACUGUGCUCCUGGCACUUGCUGGGAGGGUAUUUGCUGGGGCCACAAGGUGUACACCACCGAUGGGACCUGCGGAUAUGCCAACGGGAAUCGCAAGUGUGCUGGCAAGCAGGGAACUUGCUGCAGCAUUUAUGGCCGCUGCGGCAGAUAUGAAGACUUUUGCGGCGCUGGAGUUUGCCAAUCCGGAGACUGUGAAAGUUCACAGCCACAUAUGGACGUAUUCCUCAUGAACGAACAGAUAUGCCGCAUUUGA